AUGCCUUACGAUCGCCAUGUAGUCGUCAGUUGCAUCGAGAGGCACUAUGACUUGCUCGUGCGCAUGGCCUACCUCGACCCGGACACGAUCCUCCGCCCGCCGCCUGAAGGUUGGAGUGAUGAGCAGCUCGCUGUUGACACAUUGCAAGAGUGGAAACGGUCGGACAGAGUCGUUGAUCUCUUGCGUCACUUGCCUUAUCUGAGCAAGAAUAUGGGUGACUCUAAAUACGAGGUCUACAUCGUAACGGAAGCAUGCAACUUCCUUCGCGAUUAUGGCUGGCUGAAAGAUGCGCACAAGAAGGACGCUAUCAGUCUUAUGAUGCCAUGCGAGGAGGAAGCACCUGCAGGAAUGAUACCGUUGAGCCAGGGCCGCGAAGCGACAGUGUGGAUGAUAGAUACGGACGAAGGGAUAAUCUGGCCCAUGACACCGUUCGUUGUAGACCGUAGUGCGCCAGAAGACCAACCUUGGCGGCGAUGCGCAAAGCCUCGAGAAAUUCAGCAGUACUUCGAUAAGGUCUACAACGAGAUCGAGACCUUGGUCACCGUUCCUGUACCAUUGACGCGAGGUAGCGAUGCAUGGUACAACGAGAUGGUGGAUCAUCGAGACAACAAUGCAAAGGUGAGUGCGAUCCUCUCGGCGAACGUGACCGGAAGACUCAUCAAGCAAAUGAACAGCUACCCAAGCGCUUGCUGA